UCUUAGGUUUCUGUGCCUCACUUACCCCUCCCCUCUUGCAGGGCUUCACCCCCAUGACGGUUCCAGACCUUCUGCGGGGAGCUGUGUUUGAAGGCUGUGGAAUGACACCAAAUGCCAACCCAUCCCAAAUUUACAAUAUUGACCCCUCCCGCUUCGAAGAUCUCAACCUGGCGGGGACAGCAGAGGUGGGGCUGGCAGGGUACUUCAUGGACCACUCUGUAGCUUUCAAGGACCUGCCAGUCAGGAUGGUCUGUGCUAGCACCUGCUACCGGGCGGAAACCGACACCGGGAAGGAGCCUUGGGGGCUGUACCGAGUCCAUCACUUUGCUAAAGUGAGUGGCGCAGUGAGUGGCAUCACUUGGGGGCUUGCCAGGAUCUCUUCCUCCCCGCCCACCAUACAGGCCACCUGCCUCUGCCUCCCUAGUGCUGGGAUUAAAGGUGUGUGCCGCCACCACCGGGCCUCUGUGUUCUUCAUAUCCCUUUCUCUCCUUUUUACUUCCACAUCCUCGAUCUCUCCCACUGAGCAUCCUUUACCCUGGCCCAGUGACCUCUACCCUGUUUCUGACUUUGACCUCAGGGUGCUGGACAUGCCCACCCAGGAACUGGGUCUCCCUGCUUACCGCAAGUUCGACAUUGAGGCCUGGAUGCCUGGCCGAGGCCGAUAUGGAGAGGUCACCAGCGCCUCCAACUGCACAGACUUCCAGAGCCGCCGCCUGUAUAUCAUGUUUGAGACGGAGACUGGGGAGCUGCAGUUUGCACACACGGUGAACGCCACGGCUUGUGCUGUUCCCCGAGUCCUCAUUGCCCUCCUGGAGAGCAAUCAGCAAAAGGUGAGAGAUCCCCAAGCCAGGACUCUCAUGCUUGACAGAAGGACUGCAGGUUCAAGCCUGUCUGGGAAUCUUA